AUGUUGAUAUUGGUUGGUCAAACUUACGUCAAAAUAUACGUAUGGAUUUUUACAACUAAUGAUGAAGCAAUUACCGCUAGUGAAAUACCAGCUUCUGUCGACAUGGCCACUGAGCCACCAACAACCUCAGCUUUAAUUACUGCCAUCUCUACUCCACCACAUCAAUCACUGACUCCACCACAGCCAUCGAGAAUACUGAAGUCCCUGUCAUUAAAGACACAGACUCCAUACACUUUAACAGCUAGACCAAUCAGACAACUUCCACGGUUAACGCAAAUAAUAUAA